CUGCUAGCUCAUAAAUUAAUCACGCAGAUUUUCAACGUGUCAAAGAAGCGAAGCGAUCUCGGUCGAUUGCAUCCAGUUGUUGAACUUGGCUGGCCCCAAGAAUUAGCACCACCACUCGAUAGGCUUUGCUCCAUAUGCAAGUUGCUAGAAAACUGGUUGGCAGAUAAUGAAAAGAAUGUGGCUGUUAUCCAUUGCAAAGGUGGAUGUUCCCGAGCUGCCAUUGUCAUCGCAGCAUAUACGCAAUAUCUGAGCAUUUGUUCAACAGAAGAAUCAUUAAAUAAUUGCUUUGAUUUGCAACGAUUCAGCGAGCGCCACCUCAGCCUCGAUGGACAGCCAUCUCAUAAGCGAUACGUGAAUUACUUUUCUUCACUGCUUUGUGGACGAACUAAAAUUCAACCAGCAACGGUUUACUUGCAUCAAAUUGUCUUAACAAAAUUUCCCGAUCGGAAUAUUUUAUUUAAAAUUUAUGAACGAAUGCAACCAGUAUAUACGUCACCACUCAUGUGCGAUGUGUGA